GAGAGUGAAUUACUUCAAAAUUUCAAGAAAUCUAUCUUUAAGCGAGCAAAAAAAAAGAAAAUAAACAUAUUCGAAAUUAAACCGAUUGUUGAAUCGCGUUUAACAGUUCUUAAUCAAUCUCCAGAAUAUCAUCCCCAAUCUCCAAAUUUCUGUUUAGUAUAA